AUGAAAAUUGAGUCUAUCGGAAAACCGGAGAGAUGUGAGAAAACUGCCAAGGAUUGGAUUUUCAUCAACUAUCGGAAAAUAAAAAAAUCAAUAAUUCCCGGAUAUUUCAAUUUUCUCAACAAAGUGGUGGGUGUAAAAGUGGAAGAAAUUAUCACCAAGAACUUAUUUGAACCUGAAGAGAUGUUCGCUCGAAACCUCCAUAACAUUAUUCACUCGGAUUUAAUUGGCAGGAAUCGAAGAAGUGUCCGCAAACUGAUUGGACUGGAAGAAGUGUGUGAAGGAUGUGUUGAUUGUAUGGAUAUGGCGACACGAUGUGUGGAGUAUGGACCAUUGAGAUUUAAAGUGCUCAAAGAAAUCAAGAAGCCAAUUCAUUAUAAAAAACUGCAUAUUUCAGAUAACACUAUUUCAUGUGACACACUGCUUCUGUGGAUAUGUGAAACGAAAGAGUGCUACGUUAAUGGAGUUCAGGAAAAUGCUCACUUCUCAAUGCCACGAGAAGUAUUGGAUGUUAUGAUAAGGACAUGGAAUGUGAAAACAAUACGAAUGAAUAUGAUUGCAUGCACAAGUGAGAAGAUAUGCCAUGAGAACUGGAUAAAUAAAGGAUAUUUUACGAAGAUCAAGUUGGAUGAUCCAUACUGGAAAACGGGUCAAUCCAGUGACUUGAAACUCAAACAUGUUUCCGUCAAAGUGACGGAUUCAUACGAUUGUGCUGGUGGCCUAAUUUACAGUAUCCCGAAAACUGGUUACGAGAAGAAUUUUGAGAACUACAUUGCAAAUCUCCGAAGACUAUUCCAAAUGGACAAAUUAUCGAUUGAUUUCAGUCACUGGAGACAUAGACACAGUGCUAGUUUGGAAGACUUCAUGACGAAUAUAUUGAGAGUGAUUCAAUUGGAGAAACAACGGAAACUCGAAGUGAAUAUUCAGUUUUUCACCGAGACUUGCAGUUUUAAAGUGGGGAAUUCUGAAAAAUUGGCUGAAAUUCCAUCGGAAUACUCGUUGCUCAGUGAUCGAGUGGAGUGUAACCGAAUGUUUGUCCCAUCAGAUGUUGUCGAAAGUGGUCCAGAGAGAUUAAAUAUGAUUAAAUGGGUUGGCAGACGAUUUCAGGUGAAGGAUAUGGAUAAUCAUUUCACACUCAACUUGAAUAUUUAUGUGAAGGAAACAGAGUUGAGGAAGUUGGAUAAGGGAUUGAUGGAGACACAUCCGAAUAGCUUGAUUGGAGUGUUUUUUCCUCAGAAACCUUUGGAAAUUUCUCGAAAACUGAUGGCGAAACGUCUGGUGGCAAAAUGUCUCGGAGCCGAAUCAAUCAAGAUUGGUCUUCCGAGCAAUGUGAAUGACAUCAUUGAAAGCAAUAUUCUUCCAGGUUCAUCCAACUCAUCGAUGCCACAUGACGCCACCCAGUCAUUCUUGAACCAAAAGAGCUUCAAAAAUUCUCCCCUCGCGGCUCCUCAGAAACCUAAACCACUCCAACAACUUAUGACGUCGUCAGGAGCCGAUCAGAUUCAGAAUCACUCGUUCUCCACAAAAGCUACGGCGUCACCUCAUCCAUCUUAUCUGCCAAUGCUUCAAGACGUGCAACAGAUUCUCGAUUCGUCUGCAAUUCUACUCGACGGACAACACGAAGCGGCGGCGAAUGUGAAGAAGAUGCAGGCGAAGAUGCCACAUAUUCGCGAUGCGUUGUCGCCACUUUUCGAGCGGAUGGAGUCCUCAGCAGCACUGUUAAAGGACAUUUUGGAGAAGAUGGGAUCGAGUAAUCCACUCGUCGAUUGUAUCAAACAAAAAAAUGGGGCGUCAUCGUCGCUUUUCAACGCUUCCUAUAGUCCGAUCUUCAAAUUCUCGAAUAAUGUUAUGGAGGUUGAGAAACUGCAGAAUGAGGUUGCCGAGUUGAGGAAUGAGUUGGAGAAGGAGAGAGUGAGAGGAGAUAUGAAAUCUCGUGAAGCUGCUCAAAACUUUAAGGAUCUCGAAGUGUGUCAGGCGAAACUGAAAAAAGUGGAGGCAGAGAAGACAGAGUUGACGAAUGAGCUGUCGAGACUCGACGACUCUCAUCGCCGACUCGUCGCCGAGUUGGAUGAGGCGAAACGGCAGAUGGAGAAGACUCUCGUCCGUUGUGCGGCCGAACAAGACGCUCGUCUCAAUGCAGAGGAGAUUCUGGAGGACACGAAGAGAUCGGUUGAGGUGUUGAAGAGAGAACAUGCGAAUGCUAUGAUGAUCGAGGUGGACUAUCGAGUGACUGAGGCAAAAGAACUCGUCGAACGAGAGAAAAAGGCGAUCAUCGAGUCGUUGUCGAGUGAGUUGCAGACGGCACUUGCCGAGAAAAACGCGGUGAGAGAUCAUCUGGAGAGGAUGGAUCAGGAGAUGGAGCUCCUCAGAAGACGUGCUCGAGAGGCGGAGGAUCGAGUGGAACGGACUGCGAACGAGAAGCAUGAAAUGGUCAAACAAAUUGUGUCAUUUGAAGAGAAGAUUGUGAGGGCGGCGGCGUUUGAGAAGGAGGCCAAGGAGAUUGAGGAUAUGGUGAACGGAGGGCUGGAAAGAGUCAGGAAGGAGGUCGUCGAAUUGACAAAGAAGACGUUGAAGACACAGAUCAUUUCGGGCGAUGCCUCGUCGAUUCGCCUCGUAUGCGAUGAACUCUGCCGCCGCCUGACCCGUGAACGUGAACAGCAACACGAGAGUGCAGAAACGAUGAAAUGUGUGAACGACAACAUUGAGCAGCUGCAAAAGGAGAAUCUCGAGAUGCAGUCAAAGAUCAGAGAGUUUCAAGGAGUAUCAAAGAAAUCAUCGACCUCUAAUAACAAGGAGAAUGCACCGCCUCCAGUGGUGUCGUCGGAGGCUCCAAUCACUGCUCCACCAUCGUCCAGUCAGAAGACGUCGACGACUGCUUCUAACUUUGUCAAUCCCACCCGUCAACUCCUUCACGAAUCAACGAUGGCAGUCGACUCGAUUGUGCAGAAGCUGAAAAAGACGUAUACGAUGUCUGGAAUGGGAGAACAACUGAAAGAAACGAUUGGAAACUUGAUCAUUGAAUCCCGUGGAGUCCGUGACUUCCUCCAUCAGAAGUUGAUCCUUUUCAAGGGAAUCGAUAUGACGAUGUGGAAGAAUGAUUCGGUGGAUCAGUUGGUCGAGAAACUCGCACAAUAUCUUCAGGAUAAUUUGAUUCUUGAAGAGCAGAUUAAGAAGUAUAAAAAGGAGUUGAAACUCACGAAAACUGUCAUUCCGAAUCUCGGCGCCAACUUGCAGGAGCGAAUCAAACGAGAAAUUGGUGGAAUCGCAUCGGAUUUGGGCGCAGUGAAGGCUCUCCGCAGUAAGAAAUGA